GUGCGCGUCGGCAUCGUGGGCGCGGCGUCCAUCGCCAAAAAGAAUGCGCGCGCCAUCCGGCGCAGCGAGCGCUGCUCGCUCGUGGCCGUGGCGUCGCGCAGUCUGGCCAAGGCCGAGGCCUGGGUCGCCGAGCUGGGCUUCGGCGCCUCCUGCCGCUGCGUCGAGGGCUACGAGCACCUCCUCGCCGCGGCGGACGUCGACGCCGUCUACGUGCCGCUGCCGACGAGCCUCCACCUCGACUUCGUGGUCAAGGCCGCGGCCGCCGGCAAGCACGUGCUCGUCGAGAAGCCCGUCGGGCGGACGGCGGCCGAGGUGCGGGCCAUGGUCGACGCGUGCCGCGCGGCGGGCGUCGCGCUCCUCGACGGCACCAUGUUCGUGCAUCACGCGCGCUUCGAGCAGAUGGACCGCCUCUUCGCCGACGAGCAGUUCUGGGCCCCGACGCGCGUG